AUGGGUUCUAUAACAGCAAACCCCUUUCAGGAUGUCCCAGUACCUCAAAUAGAGAGUCUCGCAUCUCUUAUUUGGCAAUUCCGAGCCGACACAGAUCCCAAUCGAAUUGAUCUCCUCGUGGGCGUCUAUAAGACUGAUGAAGGGGAGGCUUAUGUUCAACCCAGCGUGAAAGAGGCAAAGGAAAGAAUAUUUCAUGACUCUGAAUGGCAUCAUGAGUACCGCCCCUGGGCUCUCGGCUCCCCGGCUUAUAGAGCCUUGAGCGAGAAGUUGCUUUUUGGGGCUGACCAUCGCCUUUUACGGGAGAAGAGAAUCGUUUCAAUGCAAACACUCGGUGCGAGUGGUGGAUGCCAUGCUGGCGCAGUGAUGUUAAAAAAUCACUAUGGGCCGUGGAAACAGACUGGGAAUCCCGAGAUCUUCCUUCCAGACGAGACAUGGCUAAACCAUCCUUUCGUAUUCGAGUCUGUUGGAAUUACGCCCAGGAUUAUCCCUUAUUUCAGCAGCAAGACAAACAAAUUUGAUUUUGCGGCUUUUACAACAACCCUCAAAGCAUUGCCAGCUCAAUCGGUCGUUCUUCUCCAGUCCGGAGCCCAGAAUCCAACAGGUUGUGAUCCUUCACUGGAACAAUGGCGUGAACUAGCCUCGAUCUUCUCUCAGCGCGGUCAUUUUGCUUUCUUCGAUGCUGCGUAUCCUGGUUUUGCAUCCGGAGAUAUCGACACCGAUCUUCAGGCCGUUAGAUUGUUCGCCGAGCAAGAAGUCCCCCUUAUACUUGUCUCGACAUAUGGAAAAUGCUUUGGACUUUACAGUGAACGUGUUGGGGUUCUCUCGAUGCUCGUACCUAACGAGGAAGUCGGAAAGCGACUCGAAUUGCAUAUGAUGCGAAUGGUGCGAGCUGAGUCUGGUGCACCUCCAGACUUUGGAUCCAAAAUUGUCCAAACGGUUCUAGCGGAUGAGAAGUUGGAGCGCCAAUGGCGGGAGGAAGUGCGUCAUAUGGCGGAACGACUUAAGCAUCGUCGACUUGUGCUAAGGGAAAAUUUGGAGAAAUUGGAAACUCCGGGAGACUGGCGUCAUAUCACGGAUCAGAAUGGAAUGUUUUCAUAUGUUGGACUGUCUUUAGAGCAGGUCAAUCUCCUCCGAAACAAGUACCAUGUGUACCUUCAGGAUACUGGAAGAAUAUCUAUCGCUGGGCUUAACAACUUCAACAUCGACUACACUGCUCGUAGUAUUAGCGAUGUUGUGAAAGCGACAACGCCCAAUUGA